UCUAUAAAAGACCAUUCCAGCUGUCUAUCCUCUACUCCCUCUUCCAGCCUUUCAACUUGAUUGUUCUCCAUCGAAACUAUCUGCUUCAAACAUGUUCAAGUACGUUUGCUUGUCGCUGAGUCUUUUCCUGGCCCUGAACGGUAACCUCGUUCAAGGAACACCCACCGGCGCUCCUCUUGUUGCCUGCGCAGACAUGACACCGCAACACGGUGUCGAAGCCCAGACCAGCGCCUCUCCCUUUGGCACUACACCUUCAUCGACUUCAAUUGCUCAAGGCUCUACCAUUACUUUGACGCUGACCGGCUCAGGUCCAUUCAAAGGUUUCCUUGUUAUUGCCUUCGACAACGCCAACCAAGCAGCAGGACCCAUCGGCGCCUUCUCAGCCGUUAGCUCCGGCCAAACCCUCGAUUGCCGAACUGGAGCCACACCCAUGAACGCUGCAACUCACAUCGACAAUCUUGACAAGACUACCGUGACUAUGGACUGGACCGCACCUGCCGGAUUCGUCGGAACCGUUUUGAUCAAGACCUCCUUUGUGCAAGACGUUGCCACUUUCUGGGUCGCUACUGAAUCGGCCCUGAUUACUGUCGCCUAAAUACGUACAGUUAUUUAGUUGUCGGUGUCAAAGUUUGAAAGUGCCCUUGAGAGAAAAUAAAUUCCAUUUUUAAAGCUGAA